CGAGGGAGGGGAGAGAAGAAAGCGAGCGGUUAGGGGGCGGGUACCUCCCCUGCUGGACUCGCCCGGCACGUUGCCGGGCUCGAGCGUGGAGCCGGGAAGGCGCCGCGACGAGCCACGCGAAGAGCUUGUCCUGGGAUAACUGUGCUGCAUUUCCCAGAGCCUGUGAGCUCUAAACUGAGAGGUUCUGGUCCAAGGUUGAUGGAACCUGAGAAGUGGAAGGACCUUGGAGAUCACCAAAUCCAGUGUCAUCUUCCUCCCGCCUCCCAGUUUUCAUGCAUAAAUAGGUGUUUGUAAUGCUGUCAGCUGUCAAAGUAGGAGUGUGGGAUUCUGAAUUCAGAACCUGGGAAAAACAGAUGCUCCAGGAUGAAACGCCAUAGAACUCUCAGCAGCGGUGACAGUUCAGACGAGACUUUUGCAGGUCCUUCUACUUCCUUUGCUUCUGGGUCACUGUAUAGGAGGAGCAAGUCAAAAAUUCCAAAUGAACGCAAGAAGCCGGCUGAGGUAUUCCGGAAGGACCUCAUCAGUGCCAUGAAACUUCCAGAUUCUCACCACAUUAAUCCUGACAGCUAUUACCUCUUUGCGGAUACAUGGAAGGAAGAAUGGGAAAAGGGAGUCCAGGUACCAGCCAGUCCAGAGACUCUUCCACAGCCUUCCCUCAGGAUUAUCGCCGAGAAGAUAAAGGAGGUUCUGUUUAUUCGGCCCAGGAAGUACAUCCACUGCUCCAGCCCAGAGACCGCAGAGCCUGGCUACAUCAACAUCAUGGAGCUGGCAGCAUCUGUGUGUCGCUAUGACCUAGAUGACAUGGACAUCUUCUGGCUCCAGGAACUCAAUGAAGACCUCGCAGAAAUGGGUUGUGGGCCAGUUGAUGAGAAUCUUAUGGAAAAGACAGUAGAAGUCCUGGAACGCCAUUGCCAUGAACAUAUGAACCAUGCUAUUGAGACAGAGGAAGGGCUAGGCAUAGAGUAUGAUGAAGAUGUGAUCUGUGAUGUGUGCCGGUCUCCAGACAGUGAAGAAGGGAAUGAUAUGGUGUUCUGUGAUAAGUGUAACAUCUGUGUGCAUCAGGCCUGCUACGGCAUCCUUAAAGUCCCAGAAGGCAGCUGGCUGUGUCGCUCCUGUGUCCUGGGCAUUCAUCCACAGUGUCUGUUAUGUCCAAAAAAAGGUGGAGCCAUGAAGACCACCAGGACAGGGACUAAAUGGGCUCACGUCAGCUGUGCCCUGUGGAUUCCAGAGGUCAGCAUUGCUUGUCCUGAGAGGAUGGAACCAAUCACAAAGGUCUCCCACAUCCCGCCCAGUCGGUGGGCCUUAGUCUGCAGCCUGUGCAAGGUGAAGACAGGGGCUUGUAUUCAGUGCUCCGUGAAAAGCUGCAUCACUGCCUUCCACGUCACCUGUGCCUUUGAGCACAGCCUGGAGAUGAAGACUAUCCUAGAUGAGGGGGAUGAAGUGAAGUUCAAGUCCUACUGCCUCAAGCACAGCCAAAACAGGCAGAAACUCGGGGAGGCCGAGUACCCCCUGCACAGGGCUGCAGAGCAGAGCCAGACCAAAAGCGAGAAGACCAGCCUGCGGGCACAGAAGCUUCGGGAGCUGGAGGAGGAGUUCUAUUCCCUGGUCCGUGUGGAGGAUGUGGCCUCAGAGCUGGGGAUGCCCACUCUAGCUGUGGACUUUAUCUAUAACUACUGGAAACUGAAGCGGAAAAGUAACUUUAAUAAGCCACUAUUUCCUCCAAAGGAGGAUGAAGAAAAUGGCCUGGUGCAGCCAAAAGAGGAGAGUAUUCACACUCGCAUGAGAAUGUUUAUGCAUCUACGGCAAGACCUAGAGAGGGUCCGAAAUCUGUGCUACAUGAUAAGCAGGCGAGAGAAGCUGAAACAGUCACAGAACAAAAUACAGGAACAGAUCUUCAAUUUGCAAGUCCAGCUUGCUAACCAGGAAAUUGCUGCAGGACUUCCUUUGACAAGUGCACUAGAAAUCUCAUUGUUUUACCCACCACCAAGAAUUACCUUAAAGUUAAAAAUGCCCAGAUCAGCCCCGGAAGACUGCAGAAACAGCUCCACAGAGCCUGACCACGGACCUCUCUCUCCUGACAACAGCUCCCCUGUUCACAAUGUAAGGAGCACGCAGGUGCCACAGGAGUCACUAGAAAUGAGAAUGAAAGCGUACCCAAGGCAUCCACUAGAGAGCAAGAAUAACUGUCUGCUGGCCAGUCUCAGCCACUCUAGGAGUGAAGCAAAGGAUUCCAGUCCUGCUUGGAGAAUUCCAUCUCCGGAGUUCUAUCAUGGGCAGUCGCUGGGCAAGCCUCUGGUCCUUCAGGCUGCCCUGCAUGGACAGUCUUCCAUUGGGAAUGGGAAAAGUCAGCCUAACCCCAGGUUUGCCAAAUCCAAUGGCCUGGAGGGCAGCUGGUCUGGGGAUGUCACCCAAAAAGACAGCUCCAGUGAGAUGUUCUGUAACCAAGAGUCCAUGCUCAGCUCCCACUUGGCCAGUCAGGGCAGCUUUAGAAAAUCUACCAUGGAACACUUCAGCAGGUCCUUUAAAGAAGCCACCAAUAGGUGGGUGAGGACCACAGAGGACCUCCAAUGCUGCGUGAAGCCAACCAAGAAUAUGAACCCCAAGGAGCAGCUGUGGGGCAGGCAGCUUGUCAGGCGGUCUGCAGGGAGAGCUCCUUAUCAGGAAAAUGAUGGGUAUUGCCCAGAUUUAGAGCUGAGUGAUUCAGAAGCAGAAAGUGAUGGGAAUAAAGAGAAAGUCAGGGUGAGGAGAGAGAGCUCAGACAGGGAAAAUCCUCCCCAUGACUCUCGACGGGAUUGCCACAGCAAAGGCAAGACCUAUCCCCUUUCCCACAGUUCAAUGCAAAGGUGAUUAGAAACUGCCAAGAAUAACUCAGUCUUUGCCUUUGCCUCAUAUAUUGGGGGAAACCCAAACACCAAAAGGAUUCUAGCGUAUGUUAGGAGGAAUUGUAGUGAAAAGGAUAACGUUUUUCCACAGUCAAUUGGCUUGCAGUUUUUGAAACAAUUUCAAGUCUAGUUUUCACAAGCACAUUAUAGGAAUUGCAGCUUGUCCAAAAGUGUGUCUGCCAGAGGCUAUUGAGAAUGGCUGGACCCAGAUUAAUUUGCUCAGUGAAUACUUUGGGGCAGCUUUCCAGUUAUAUUAACAUGUUGAUGCGCAUAUGUAUUAUGAGUCCUUGCAUUGUUGAUGAAUUUGCAAGAGACCAUGAUUAUCAGACACUAAAACUACUUAUCUUUUGAAGCUACAGCAUGUGACUCCCAGAGUUCCUGUCUGUAGGAAGUUUCUAACUCCACUGGUAUCUGAAAACCCUCUUCAGGGAGAGACCAGGGACCAACAUCUCAGAUACUGUCAAACUCACUACCCUCUUCCUUUGCUCUGCACAGGUUGAGUUCCUUUCACAGUAUCUUAACUUACCAAGUCAAUACUCCUAAUGCUUAUAAAUGUCCAGUGCCUGUUCCUAGACUUGCUUGUUGGGGACGCACUUGUAACUAUUUCACCCAGCUAACAAGCAUAAAAGGCUAACUUGUGGAUAGUGUUUACAAAAGUACAAAAGUACUACUUCCAAGGAAAAUGCUCUGAUUCUCUCAGUUUAGGCGUUUCUGAAGGAUCCCAGAGCCUUUCCCAAAGUGAGACCAUUUCUGGGGGAUUUAUACCAGGUCAGGGUUUUUGUGUUACUGUUUUCGAAUAAGUUUGACUUAAAUAAGUUUGGCUGACAGUUUUUGUAUACCUGCUUUAAAGUUUAUAAAAUUUUUAUUGAGGUAUAAUUAAAUAUAGUAAAAUGCACAGAGGUUAAGUAUUCUUACCUGCUUUAAUUUUGAAACAGAUUUUUAUUGUCAAACAAUUUGAAAGCAUGUGUUUAACACAUGAAUAUAAUUUAGCUUUGUACCAACUUUGAAUCCGAGGCAAGUUCCCAAACAAAAAGGCUGGAGCCAUUUUUCAGAAGUUGCUUUAUACCCUGUUCCCAAACCAUCAGCCUUGAUUAAUUUCUGGGAGGCAGGGAAUAAUUACACUUGCCGGGCGGGGGGGUGGGGGGGUGGAACAUGUCUGCUUCCCAUUUAAAGAUGGGGGGUGUUAGAGGUUUUCAAAUGUGAAGCUGACUCUAAUUCUCUGCUCUCUUUUCUUCUUAGCCUUAAAUUACUAUUCUCUUUCUUCUAGUUUUGGAAAGUGUAGUGGGAAUUUUCAGACGAAAGAGGCCAUUUUAGAUUUUGAGGUUGCUUCCUGGUGAAAGAGCCCAGCUGCAGUAUACGCAGUUGGUCAAGGUGGCCCCGUUCGUCUCUCCUCACGUUUGUUCUCGUCGCCUUGUCAAUGGGUUCCUUUGCUUUUGUUUUUGCCUCCUUUUCUGAAAACUUCUGUGUUUUGCCUCUCCUUUGGCUAUGCCUUCAAAAUGUUUCUUUUAUGCCUGUGUACAUGUGUGAACAUGCCCUAGCAUGUGUGGUGUCUUGUAUUUUGUUUGAAUGGAAAAAACUAGAAUUAUCCAAAUGAGGAAGAGAUUUCUCCUAUUUCUGCACUAGGUUUCUGUGCUUUUUCUUUGAGUUCUCCUGGGGUAGGUAUUAGCUUGACACCUUCAUGGCAACGAAAUCAGAAUGGAGCUGUGUCGUCAACUCCUUCUGUUACAGGCCGGUGCAGUCAGUCUGUGAGCCCAUGUCCUUUCAUGCCUUUCAAUUCUGAGCGAGUGGGAGUAAAAGCAAACAUUGAAAAAGUGCUUCAGCCAAAUUUCGUGUGUAAUGCCAUUGGGAGAGUAUUGACUAAAAGAAUUUCAGUCAGGGAAAUAUAGUUGUAAUAUUUUUACAGAAUUUUCCUAGGUAAAUGAAGGAGCCUUCAGUUGUAUGAAUUUCAAUUGCCCCAAAAUGUAUUUGCUACAUUUUGCUGUUGUUUGAAGUAUUACCUCUUAACCUUCUUUGUUAAUUUUUUUUCAUUUUGUCUUAUAUAGUCCAGUUUUCCAAGGUAAACUCAGUCUUUUUUCAAAUGUCACCUUUUUACCGAUACUUUUUCAUUAAAUUAUGAAAACUACUAA